AUGCCAACCGCUCCUAAGAAAGAGGUGCUCGUCGCUGCCUUACAGGACGUGCGCCCGCUUGCGUCGAUCCUUCGUGGUGUAUCCUUCACAGACUCGCCCAGAGCUACAAUCGGUAUCUCGGACGCCGGACUGAUGGUUACCGUUGAUUAUAAGAAAGUAUUGCGCGCCUCUGCCUACCUAUACGCCCAGAUGUUCAACGAGUACAUAUACAACAAACCGGUCACUGAAAGGCAAGAAAUGGAGGAAGAAGAGUCCAGUCCGAUUAUAGAAAUCAAACUUAGUCUUUUGCUCAACGCCCUCGAUAUCUUCGGCGGGGCGGGCCUUGGGGUUCCUGCGGGCCUGGACAAGGAGAAGGCCGGAAAGACGAGAGACGACUGGAACAUGAAUGGGAUCGAUAGGAUCGAUGGCGAUGAGAAGAAGAAGGCGACUGCUAUGAGGCUCACUUGGCUAGGUGAAGGGCAUCGACUGAAGAUUCAUCUUUCCGAGGAUCUAUUUGUCAGCACAGUUUGCGAACUGGCUACGUUCGAGCGUGAUCCGCCUAUGGAUCUUCCUUUCAAUCCUAACGAUGUAGCUGUGAAGAUCAUCAUGAAGUCGACUUGGCUUCGUGAUGCACUGUCUGAGAUAGACCCAAGGAGCGAGAAACUGGUGAUCAUGUGUACACCUGAAGCCCAUCGCUUGAGUCGAGGCGGGAAUCGCAAGUCAACUCUACGACUGAAGGCUAGUGGGACUUGGGGCACGAGUAUUAUGGAUUACCCCGACACCAAAGACGUGCUUGAAGUUGCCGAAUUCGCGACGGAUGAACCCAUGAUGUUUACCUAUCGUUUUGAGCACUUCGCGAAAGCAAUGCCGGCCCUUCGCAACUCUUUCAAAACUUCUCUGCGCAUGGAUUCUAAGGGUGUCCUCAGCCUGCAGUUUAUGAUACCUUUCCGGAGACCUAGGGCGGGAAGGGAUGACGGAGCAGCCCCUUCAGAGAACUUCAUUGAGUUUAAUUGUGCUGCUUUGCUGGAUGAUGUAUGA